AUGUUCUAAACUUAUGGAAACAAAUAAAAUAUAUAGAAUAAUUAUACAAGUAGAAGAAGGACUUUUUUUAUAUAUUUUAUAAUUAUUCAUGAGAACUAGUUCCUUUGUCCCAACAUUAUUAUGAAAAACUUCGAAAGUUAGGAUGGACCAUGAAUCGAGAGAGUAAUAUCAAUCAACAUUACGCCUUUUCUCAUCAAUUUAAGUGUUGUAGAAAUUGACUCAAAGCCUAUUCUAACAACAAUUUCUUGCUUAUUAUUUCAACGAUAAAAUCUAUUCACCUUGUUGAGGUUGGACUAACUUAAUUAUUCAACUAAACUAAUAUAAUUUCGAAUAAAGUAAUCAAUCCAGAUGAACAAUAAUUCAACAUUAUUUUUAAGAAAAAAGUAUAUAAAAUAAUUUAGUAUUCUAGAUUCUCCUUCAUUUUACUUAAAUUUAAUUAAUGGAGUAACAAAUAGACUGACAAUUAAGAAGUUGUACAUCUGAAUCAUGCUUGCACACUUUUAAUUUUGGUAGAGGUACAAUAUUAAAGAGGAUAAAAUGGCAUUUGUUUAGGAUAUUGAUCAUUAAUAGAAAAUUU